AUGGCGACCAAGAGCGUACGCUGGUCCACCGUCACCGUCUACGAGUUCGGCGUGGGCAUCGGCGGCAGCGCAGUGCCUCGACGCGGUGGUCCAGCGGUGGGGCUGGCUCGAACCCCGCAAUGUGUGUGGAGGACUUCAGAAACCGCAGGACGACAUCGGCGGAGACGCGUGCGCUGGUUCAAGCCGCUGGAGCGCAUCACGAUGCUGGAGAAGGCAGGCUACAGCGAGGAGCGAAUUUUCCGCUCAAUGCUCAUGGAGUCGUCCAGCAUCGCCCAGUCGCGACGGCUCUGUCUGCGUGUCGAGUGUGUGGCCUAA